ACCAAGAGAAAGAGGCAAUAGGGAAAAUUAAAUUUUUUACUAUUCCCGAAAUACAAGAAAUUAUUAAUCAAAAACCCGAUAGGGGUGUGGAAUAUGUGCUAGAAAAGUUAACUGGCACUAAAAAAAAAAAAUCUUGGGAAAUUGUGCAAAUAAUUGGCAAAGAUAUUGCUCGCUUCCAUG